AUGAAGACGUACGUAAUCGCCGAAACGUAUUUCGCAUUUCGUGGAUCAAUCGUACUCUUUUUCCCUUCUCUCUUUUCUCCUUCGAUUUCUCACUUUCAUUUUCGUCCUACUAUGUCACUUCGUCGAAUUGCGAUCAUUGGUGGAGGUCCUGCUGGACUUGCAGCUGCAAAAGCAUUGGUGUCUGAACCCGUGAAAUUUACCAUCGACCUUUUCGAAAGAAGAAGUAAUGUCGGUGGUUUGUGGUACUAUCAUGGUGAUAAGUCAAAGGUUUUGCCUUCGGUUCCUUCUGUUGAUCCUAAUGGAGGUGAGAUUUUGUUGCCCAACGGUGGGUUUGAAAACCGCUUCUUCUCGCCCAUGUACAAUCACUUGGAAACUAAUUUGAUUGAUCGUAUGAUGGAAUUUAAGGACGUGCCAUUUGAGCCUCGCCAUUUGGCGUAUCUUUCCAGGUCAGAGGUCCAAGAGUAUAUGCUCAAGUAUGCUGCUUCGAUUCCCGAGGGUGUGAAUUUUCAUCUCAAUACACUGGUCACUCGCGUUUUUAAAGAAAAUGGGGAGUGGUCGGUUUCUUUUGAGCAUGUACAGACUCAAGAAGCUCAAGAAAAGAAAUAUGAUGCAGUUAUAGUGUCCAACGGUCAUAGCGAUUUGCCGUUCAUUCCGGAUACGGAAGGAAUUUCCGAUUGGAAUGAAAAGGCCCCAGGAACGGUGACGCAUGCAAAAUAUUACGUGGACGCCGAGCAAUACUGGGGAAAGAAUGUGCUUGUUAUUGGAAAUUACGCAAGCGGAGUUGACUUGGCCACGCAAAUCAGCACUACUGCUAAACAUGUUUACGUCAGCAUGAAGGACCAGAGCGAAUUGAUUGAAAUAGAGGAGGACAAUGUCUCGUACUUGCAGUUGGUGACAAAAUACGACUAUGAUGCCAACAAGUCUGCCUAUACGAUUGACGGCAAGACAGUUUCUAAUAUUGAUGUGAUUGUAUUUUGCACCGGCUACUUAUACACUCUUCCUUUCUUGAACGAUUAUCUCCCUGGAAUCACUGAUGGUAAUUACGUGAAGGAUUUGUACAAGCAAAUCUUUAAUGUCGAAGACCCAACCUUGUCAUUCAUCGGAUUGCCCAAAUUCAUUGUGCCUAUGCCAUUGUCGGAGUCACAAAGUGCCAUUGUGGCUAGAGUUUACUCGGGUCGAAUUCAAUUGCCUUCACUAGAGGAACGCAAAGCAUCUUAUGAAGAGGAGAUUGCAACCAAGGGAACAGGAAAGCCGUUCCAUUCUUUGAAACCGCCUGCUGAUUACACUUACUGCAAUGAGUUGUAUGACUGGAUCAAGAAGGAAAAUACCGACGACGUUGGUCUUGUUCCAAUCUACUGGGACUCCCAAAAAAUCAAAGAUCGUCAUAUGGCCAAGGAAAUCAAGGACAAAAGAUAUCUUGAAGUGGUGGAGUAUGCAAAAAAGUUGAAAAGCGAAGGUAAGGCGUUCGUGUUGCCUCCUAGAGCUCAACCUAUUGACUACGAAUAG